AUGCUGGGUCCCCUGCCAAGCACGGUCUCCUCAGCUCAGGGACAGUAUGCGCAAAAACUCCUAAAUGACUUGAUGGAGAAUUACACGACUGCCUUGCGACCAGUGGAAGACACAGACAGCGCUUUGAAUGUCACCUUACUCAUCACCCUCUCCCAGAUCAAGGACAUGGAUGAAAGAAACCAGGUGCUGAUUGCCUACUUGUGGAUUCGACAGGUGUGGCAUGAUGCGUAUUUAAAAUGGAACAAAGACGACUAUGAUGGACUGGACAUCAUCCAGAUCCCCAGCAGCCUGGUGUGGAGGCCUGACCUCGUCCUCUACAACAAGGCUGAUGAUGACUUCUCUGGACCCAUGGACACAAAUGUGAAGCUCAGGUACGAUGGGGAAAUCACGUGGGACGCUCCAGCCAUCACAAAGAGCUCCUGUGUGGUGGAUGUAUCCUACUUUCCAUUCGACAGCCAACAGUGUAACCUCACCUUUGGCUCCUGGACAUACAAUGGUAACCAGGUCGACAUAUCUAUGGGCAACAACAGCGGCGACCUGUCAGACUUUGUGGAAAACGUUGAAUGGGAGCUUUUGGGAAUGCCCGCUUCUAAAAACGUCAUAAUGUACGGCUGCUGUCCUGACCCAUACCCAGACAUCACAUACAGCGUCCUGCUACAGCGCCGCUCCUCCUUCUACAUCUUCAACCUGCUGCUGCCCUGCUUCCUCAUCUCCUUCCUGGCUCCUCUGGGCUUCUACCUGCCCGCAGACUCUGGCGAAAAGGUCUCUCUGGGAGUCACCGUCCUCCUGGCUCUCACUGUGUUCCAGCUCAUGGUGGCUGAGAGCAUGCCUCCGUCAGAGAGCGUGCCACUCAUAGGAAAAUACUACAUUGCCACUAUGACCAUGAUCACGGCAUCCACCGCCCUCACCAUCUUCAUCAUGAACAUCCAUUUCUGCGGAGCGGAGGCCAAGCCGGUCCCUCACUGGGCCAAAGUCCUGAUCAUCGACUACAUGUCCAAAAUCUUCUUUGUUUAUGAGGUGGGUGAGAACUGUGCCUCGGCCUCUUCUUCCUCUCAGACGUCUCAUUUCUCCCAAGACGACGUAACUCACCAGCAUUACAGCUCCACCAGUCAGACCAAUGGGAAACCAGGGAACGGUUGUCAGCAGGAGGACCAGCGCGGCCGCAGAUACCCCCGCCCACAGACCCCCAAACCGCAGCACCAUCCCAGAAUAAAGGCUCAGCAUCACAUCACCAGAGACAACAAAGACUUUGCAUCAGGGACUCAUGACGUUCACAACAGCAAGAUCCUGACUGAUGGCUGCUGUAGUGAAGACCAAAAGUUCCCCUGCUACCUGGAGGAAGAAAAGCUGCACUUCUAUGAGGAGGAUAAGAAACACGCCUCAGUAACUUUCGCCCCGUGCGUCUUUUGCAGUUACUCCAGGGUAUUUGCUGGCUCCGACACCAAACUUGUGCGGAAUGUUGACUAUAUUGCCAACUGUUUCAGGGAGCAGAAGAGCACAUGCGUCAAAGUGGCUGAGUGGAAGAAGAUUGCUAAAGUCAUGGAUCGGUUUUUUAUGUGGAUAUUUUUUGUCAUGGUAUUUCUCAUGAGUAUACUCAUCAUGGGCAAAGGCCCCUGA